GUGAUAUGAUAUGAUCUUAAUUUUCAUUUCUGAGUCCAUUUUAAUGAGAUGGUGGCAUUAAUACUGCCCAUUUGAAAUAAAAUGAUAGUUAAUAUCUUAUCAUUUUGUAAUCUAGUUGUGUUACUGUAAUCCUUUAAAAUCCCAGGCUUAUUACAUACUAAGGCUUAUGAUUCAGUAACUACAGGGACUUGACUAAGCUAUUCUUAGGUUAUAGACAUGUGUAAUAAAACGUUGUGCCUGCUGGUGGGCCCUGGCCUUUUUAGGGGUUAAACAAAGCGAAAUAAAAAAAAUCCAAAAUACAAAUGCAUGAGAUGCUUAUGAGGGUGAAAUUGAAGAUGGACGUGUGUUUGGGGAGGGGACACGCAUUUCCUUAAAUUUGGCUCCAGUUUGUCGUGUGCAGAACACUAAACCUUUUCAGCUCCUUCGAGUGGGUCAGUGUAGCUGGUGAACCCUGUACAGCAGGUAACGCACUUAUGUUAUUUUACACGUUACAAUUUCAGCUAAAAUAUGUACGUUAUGAUAUUCUAGUACUUAAAAUAAGGGACCAAUAAAUUCUGGGUUUGUGUUUACAGGAAAAUGAAGUGGUGCGUCCUGUUUUGUGUUUUCUUCACAACUCUCGUCUCCAAUCAUCUCACUGGUGCCAGAUUCAUUCCUGAAGGAGUUCCCUAUGACGAGCCCCCUGCUGUUCCCUACUGGCCAUACUCAACCUCAGAUUUCUGGAACUACAUAGAAUACUUUCGAAGCAUUGGAGCCUACAACCAGAUCAACCAGAUGGCCAGAGCCUUCUUCGCCCACCAGCAUCUCGGUGACACCUUGGGCUAUGAAGUGCCUGAGCAUGAGCACUGAGGGAAUAAGAUGGCUUUCUGUAUGAGAAUCUAGUAGGAAUUAGUAGCCUAAAGAUAAAAACCAUCUGUUUCUGGUGUAACAUGUCAUGUAGAAAUGUAUCCAGAUAGUUAAAGGUUCAGGUUAUAUUGGCUUUGUUAUGUAUUUUUAAACAUGCCAAUCAAAGCUCAAGCAAAGAAGCUUCAUAUUGUGAUGGUGCGGUUUUUGUAACAGUUUAUAUGUUUAACUUCAUAGAAUCGUCCUUUACUUUGACUUUUACUUUUACGUCAUUGUUACUUUUAAAUAAUAGCUCCAAUAGAAAUAAACAUUGUACAUUGUUAGAAA